AUGCUUACAAGGAACUGUUUAUCCCUGCUUCUCUGGGUCCUGUUUGAUGGUGGUCUCCUAACACCACUUCAACCACAGCCACAGCAGACUUUAGCCACAAAACCGAGAGAAAAUGAAGUUCACCUGCCAGGGCGACAGUCACAUUUCCAACGAGUUAAACGUGGCUGGGUGUGGAAUCAGUUCUUUGUUCUGGAAGAAUACAUGGGCUCCGAACCUCAGUAUGUGGGAAAGCUCCACUCUGACUUGGACAAAGGAGAGGGCACUGUUAAGUACACCCUCUCAGGAGACGGUGCUGGCACUGUUUUUACCAUCGAUGAGACCACAGGGGACAUUCAUGCAAUAAGGAGCCUGGACAGAGAAGAAAAACCUUUCUACACACUUCGUGCUCAGGCUGUGGACAUAGAAACGAGGAAGCCUUUGGAGCCAGAAUCAGAAUUCAUCAUCAAAGUGCAAGACAUCAAUGACAAUGAGCCGAAGUUUCUGGAUGGCCCUUACAUUGCUAGUGUUCCAGAAAUGUCUCCUGUGGGUGCCUAUGUCCUCCAGGUCAAGGCCACAGACGCGGAUGACCCAACCUAUGGAAACAGUGCCCGCGUGGUGUACAGCAUUCUCCAGGGACAACCUUACUUCUCUAUUGAUCCCAAGACUGGGGUCAUUCGGACAGCUUUGCCGAACAUGGACAGAGAAGUGAAGGAGCAAUACCAGGUCCUCAUUCAGGCCAAGGACAUGGGCGGCCAGCUGGGAGGACUGGCAGGAACUACCCUCGUCAACAUCACCCUCACCGACGUCAACGACAACCCGCCCCGCUUCCCCAAAAGCAUCUUCCAUCUGAAAGUCCCCGAAUCUUCUCCUAUUGGCUCAGCUAUUGGAAGAAUAAGAGCUGUGGAUCCUGAUUUUGGACAAAAUGCUGAAAUUGAGUACAACAUUGUUCCAGGAGAUGGGGGAAAUCUGUUUGACAUUGUCACCGAUGAGGCUACACAAGAAGGCAUCAUUAAACUGAAAAAGGCUUUAGAUUUCGAAACAAAGAAGGCAUACACGUUUAAGGUAGAGGCCUCCAACAUUCACCUGGACCACCGGUUCCACUCUGCCGGGCCUUUCAAAGACACAGCCACGGUGAAGAUCACGGUCCUGGACGUGGACGAGCCCCCGGUGUUCAGCAAGCCGGGCUACACCAUGGAGGUGUACGAGGACACGCCCGUGGGCACCAUCAUCGGCGCUGUCACGGCCCAAGACCUGGAUGUGGGCAGCAGUGCUGUGAGGUGUGGGAAAUCCACAGUCAUGGUUGUUUUUAUUGGUUUGCUUCCUAACGUGCGUCAGAAUAACAAAACCAAAAGCAAUCCAACAAACCCUUGUGGUGAUUGGGUUCCACAUGGUCUGGAAAC